AUGAAGUCCAUUGACGCCAUCAACAAGCGCCACCGAGGCUACGCGAAGAGCUACCCGGGCCACUUCUCACAUAAAGACAACUAUAUAUAUGUGCUUUGCUUCACGGCUAUCUCGGUAGACCGGGUACGAACAAAGCUGCGGCUGUCUGGGUUCACAGAGAAGCAGAAGAUAGCAGCCUAUAUGUUCUGGAAAGAGAUGUCUCGUUUAUUCUUAGUCGAGAUACCUGGACAGGUUUGGCGGCCUCUUUGGGAGUUUCCAGGCUUCCCGGAGGAUUGGGAUGGGAUGUAUAGAUUCUGUGAGGAUGUGGAGGAUCAUCAUAUGGUAGCCACCGAGAAGGGCCACAUGGUUGUGGAGGCACUCUUCGAUCAAUUUGCCUUUCGACAUUUUCCCUCUCUACUCCGGCCCCUAGGCCGUGCGUUGCCCAUUUGUCUCAGCCUUCCUCAGACGCUAGAGGCACACCGGGUCAAAGAGGCGAACCCGGUCUUGACGUGUAUGGCGCUCUUCGUGGUUGGGACAUUCAUAUGGAUUAUGGAAGCACUCCUUCCUGAUCCAAAGAUUAGUUAUCAAGAAUCUCUGCGAAUGCGCUCAGCAGACCAGAACAGGAAGGCCAAAGAGGAGAAUCGAAAGGUGGAUGCGGCUCUCCCUGCGUGGUUUGCCCGGCAUCAUCAGGGACGGGCAGCAUCAUGUCCAUUCGCUUCGCCUGUGAAGUAG